AUGGAUGCUGACACACUGGUACAAAGUUUCCAGCAGGAAACCACCUGUAGCAUCUGUCUGACUUUCUUCUCAAAGCCUGUCACCCUCAACUGUGGGCACAACUUUUGCCAGUUUUGUCUGACCAGAAGCAAGGAAGAUGGGGUCACACCUUUCACUUGCCCUGAAUGCAGGAAAAUCUCCCACAACUUCCCUGGCCUCAACGUGCGCCUGUCAAAACUAUCUGCUGUUUGUAAGAAGCUCAACCCCCAGGACUUGCAGAACCCUGUUGGACAAAGCCAUUGUCAGAAGCACCAGCAAGUCCCCAAACUCUUCUGCAAGGAGGACCAGACCUCCCUCUGUAUGGCCUGUAGUAAAGGUCAGGAGCAUGCAGCCCACACCUUUUCCCCCAUUGAAGAGGCUGCUCAGAACUACAGGAAGAAACUCCAGGACACUGUGCCUCAUUUGAGAAAGAAGAUCAGAGAAUGGAAGGAACUUAAAUCUUCAAAGAAGGAUAGACGAUCUAAGUGGAGAAAGUUGAUUAGAGGAGAAUAUGCAAAAAUCCACCGAUUUCUCCUUGAGGAGGAGAGGUUUUACAUGGACCUAUUGAAACAAGAUGAAUGGAAAGCUUCCAAGCUAAGGGACAACUACUGUAAUACAAUAAAUCAACAUGUGAAGAACAUGGAAGAUGCUAUCCGAGAGAUAGAGGAAACGAGAUCCAGACCAGAUUUGGACCUGCUUGAGGAAAGUAAAGAGCUAUUACAAAUAAGUGAAUCACUGCUUUCCGAAAAACCCAAGUCUUUCACCCUAGAGUUAAGAGACUAUCCCAUCACUGGGAUGAAGGACUGGCUAAAGAGAUUCAGAGCAAAUGUCACUAUGGAUCCUACAACAGCCAGUGGCUAUGUCAUUGUAUCUGAGGAUUUGAAGAGUGUAAGACACAGAGAUGACUGUCCAGAUGGUUGCCCUGAAAAAUUUCCUUAUUAUUUUGUCUUCGGUCAGCAGGCAUUUGCUUCUGGCAUCCACUAUUGGGAGGUGGAUGUGAGUAAGCAACCUCAGUGGGCACUGGGGAUUGCUACCAAGUGCCUCAGGAAGAGGAAGACGACCCAGUACUCAGUUGAGUAUCUGUACAUACUUCGCUGUGAGAAGAGAGGAAAUGAUUUCUACCUGAUCACCCGACCAGGAUUAGUUUGCCAGCAAAUUAAAGACCCUGUGCUUAUAAUUGGCAUAUAUCUGGAUUAUACUGAAGGAAGCCUUCUGUUCUAUAAUGCUAUCAAAUCCUCCCUCCUGUAUGGAAUGAACACUGUGCCACUCACAGAGCCUGUCAGGCCUCUCUUCUCUCCUUGUCCCCCUAUGCCAGGAACAAAAAUCGGUUCCAUGACCAUCUGUCCAGUGGGAAACCAUAUUUGA